AUGAAUAGGAAAAAUAAUAUUAUUCAUAUUUCCAAUUUUAGGAUUUAUUCCAGAUACUAUUUCCGUGUAGCUAAAGGCUUUAUUACUUCAAAUAUGUCAACAUUAAAAAUAUAUGGUAAAAGAAAGAAAAUAAAUAUAAUAUACUUUCUUAUAAAGUUUUUUAUAUUUACCCUUUUAAUUUGGAUAUUACAAUGUUCUAGUAAUGAUUCUUGUAGACCAUGGAAUUACGAAAAUGACUUAAAGUAUGUAUUAAAUUUAGCAGCUAAAAGAUCGUUAACAGAAAGCAAAGAUAAAAUAAUACAAAAUAGAGUAUUAAAAUACUAUGAACAAAAAAGUAUAAUGACAACAUAUUUAGAACAAAGUAAUGGACAAAAUAAAAUAAAGCAAAAUAUGAAUUCAGAACAAGAAAAUGAAAUAGAAACAAAAGAGAAAAAUAAAAAAGCAAAAUUUAAAGAAGGAAUCUUCAAAUGCAAAAAUCUAAAACUAGUUACUUUAUUUCUUGUUAUUUUUUUAUCAUUGUCGGCACUUAUAUAUUCUUUUGUAACAGAAUUUAUUGAUAUUUCAACAAAGAAUAUAGAAAUUUUGUUAUUUACUACGUCUUUUAAUAAUUACUAUGACUUUAUUACACGAACGAAUUGA